CUAGACCACCACGCAUUCAGAGGAUCACGUUGAAUUCAAUCUUUGGAUAACCAAAUAAUUUUUUAUUUUCUUAAUUUCCAUAAUUUUUUUUUAAUUUCAAAUAUAUAUAUAUCGAACACCAUUUCUUUUAUUUUAUUUUUGUAUUUAUAUUUAUUUAAGUUCUGGAUUGGUGUAUCUUUUACGUCAAAUGAGCCCGUCUCGUUGAGAAAAAAUAAAAUAAAAUAAAGUUCAUUAAAAAUUUGAAACAAUGUCUUGUCGAAAGUCAAGACCACCAAGUGUAGCCGAGAAAUCUUUGUCACUUGAAGAACAACAAGCCAAGAUCAAUGAUGUUAGGAGAAUGUUGGGGACUAAGGCUGAUAAAAUUCCAGCCCUUUGUUCCGACACGGCGAUAAUAAGGUAUCUCAGAGCAAGGAAUUGGAAUACAAAGAAGGCGACCAAAAUGUUGGACGAAAGCUUGAAGUGGAGGCUGAAAUACAAGCCAGAGAAUAUCAGAUGGGAAGACAUUGCACAAGAAGCUGAAACUGGAAAAAUUUAUAGAGCAGAUUACCAUGACAAGUUUGGAAGGGUGGUUCUUAUUUUGAGGCCAGGUUUCCAGAAUACAAAGUCAACCGAAUUGCAGAUCAAGUACUUGGUAUAUUGUAUGGAAAAUGCUAUAAUGCAUUUGAACCCUGAGAAGGAUCAAAUGGUUUGGCUUAUUGAUUUUCAAGGGUGGACGAUGUCAAGCAUAUCAAUGAAGGUGACUCGAGAAACAGCUAAUGUCUUGCAGAAUCAUUACCCUGAGAGAUUGGGUCUGGCAAUCCUUUACAAUCCCCCUAAAGUAUUUGAAUCUUUUUGGGUGUUGGUUAAACCUUUCCUUGAGCCGAAGACAUACAAAAAAGUCAGGUUUGCCUACUCUGAUGACAUUCAGAGCCAGAAGAUAAUGGAAGCUCUCUUUGAUAUGGAUAAGUUGGAAUCCGUAUUUGGAGGGAAAAACACUGCUGGGUUCAACUAUGAGGCAUAUGCAAAACGUAUGAGGGAGGAUGAUGCUAAAAAAUCUGACAUCAUGAACUCUGGAUCUUCUCUACCAAUUAUCCAAUCAUCAGUUGCAUCUCAAUCACAUGAAUCAGAAUUAUUGGCUUCAGAACAACAGUCAGAUUCAUUGGGUUCAGACCCAUGUUCUGAAGCUUCUGAUGAAUGUGAGUUAUCAUCUGUUGAUGAAACAGCCUCGAAGGUGGAAUCCAUUGAUAGCAAAACACCAGUACCAACCCUAACCUGCAACGAUGUUCCAAAUAUUGAAGCAGCAGAGCCAAAGGAAGUGCAUUGAGUGAGUUUGUCUGAAAUAUGAGCAUGGCUUCUGGCUUAUCUGAUUCUUCUUCCAAAUUUUGAACAUGCUUUCUUGCAUCUUAUACAAUUAGUUCUUCCAAGCAAGAAUUUUGACUAAAAUGUUGGAAUGAUACAAGAGGCUUGUAUCCAUGUACAAAUGUCAGUUGCACAAGAAGACGAUCUUCCGCAGCUGAUAUUAGAGAUCUUUCAACUAGCAAAAUGUAAAAAGGAAGAAAAGCUAUGUCUCACUCAAAGAUAGAACUCUCUUGCUUAAGUUAUUUUAAAAUAUUUGUCGUUUAUUUAUUUUUCAUGUAGAAAACUCCAAUGUUAGCAACGAUUAGGAAGUAAUUAUUAAAUGUGGGUACUAGACUGCUAGCUAAUUUAGUUAGUUCGAUCUCUUGAAUCGUAUAAAAGGUCUUGGGAUCGAUUCCCGCUCACGCAAGAGUGGGGACUGGGGAGUGGUUUGGUUUGGUUUAAA